AUGCCUAGAUGUUUCAUAAACUCUGUAAAACCACUACAGUUUCGUUUCUUAGAAGAAUAUGGAAAUAAUUUCAUCGAAAAUGAUUUUAAACAUGGACGAACACCAAAAUUAAUUCCUAAAAAACAAAAAACUUUACUAAAAAGCAACGAAACUAUAUACCACGAUAAAGUUCCUAUUUCCACUCGUUUCUAUCUUCAAUUACUAAAAAGGAGUCAGUUUCUGCAAACUUUCAUCGAGAACGAAAGUUACGAUUAUGCUUCUGAAAGUGAAAAAGCUAUAAAUUCCCCGGAAACUAAAAAGAAUAAUUGUCAAGUUAAGAAAGAUUUUGACAAAUGUUCUACUUAUAAUUUGAGAUCUACAGAAUCUAAAGGCGAAAGAAAAAUAUUCACGGAAAGAACUCGGGCGCAACGAAAAUCAAAAAAUUCAAUCACAUCCAAUGAUAGAGAAACUUUACCAUCAAACGAUACUAUAAGAAUAAAUGAAGUCAAAAAGCGGUUAAAGAAGGAACCUUUAGCACCAAUAAUAGAGGAAAUAAAGCAUAGAGAAUUUUUGAAAUGCACUAAUCGAGGUGGUACAGAAAUUGACAAAAUAGCGGAGAAACUUAAGAACUUAGUAAAGACUAAUUCUGAUGAGAAACUGAACAAAGAAUUGCUGUACUGCAAGGAGUCGUUUGAUGAGACCAGCUUGGAACUAGGUUUUGAAGAGGAGACGGCUCAAGAGGAUCUCAAAGAUAAAGCCAAAGACUGGACGGAGCGUCGCGUGCGGCCGAGCCACAUCUGUUCAUACUGCGGGAAAGGUUUCGACAGGCCGUGGGUACUGAAGGGUCAUUUACGACUCCACACAGGGGAGAGACCCUUUCCCUGUCCUCAUCCCAGUUGCGGCAGGACGUUUUCUGAUAGGUCAAACCUGCGCGCCCACCAACGUACGCGCGGGCAUCACUCUUGGCAGUGGCGCUGUUCGGAGUGCGGGAAAGCUUUCAGUCAACGCCGCUACCUCGAGCGACAUCGCGAUGAUGCUUGUCGCAAAUACAGAAUGCAUUCGCGUAACGCGACCAAAUUCAAUCAAGCACAUGCUACCAAAUCAGAGGUCAGUGACCUCUCUGACGUCACCAUACCUGUCCCGUUGUACGGCAUGAUUUGUCACAACCGAAGCAAUCAGCCCAAAUGUAGCCCUGAUGAGUUUACUAAAGAUGUCGGUGAGAGAGGACUCAAUCCUGUAGGAUGCGAUGAACCUAUAGAUCUAUCUAUUGGAAAGAGGAAUGAAAGCAUCGUCUAA